AUGAUGGGUACGGCCAUAUUUUCAGUGCAUUUGAGUAAAGAAGUUCCGGGUGCAUACAUGCUUUGUUUCAAACUCCUAGGACAACAGUGUAACAAAUGUGCUUCAAAGCAAUUUCAGUCUGCAAUAUGGUAUCCCGAGGAAGUCAUACGGGUGCUAAAAUACGUCCACUGGCAAAUUUGCGACGAACUGCUCCUGCGUAACGUCGGUGCCCCGCCGGUUUACGUAACGGUUCCUGUGCCAGUACUACCCUCGCCUCCAACUCUCGUCAACGCCCAGGUCAACGUCGGUCUGAAGUCGGAGCAGUCGCGGGGCGCUCUGCAGAACGCCCGCACAGCCUGCCGC